UGUAUACAGUCUUUUGAUAUAAUGUGUUUUAAGAAUAAUUCGUCGUUUAGAUGAUUUAUAUGGAUAUAUCAAAGUAUUGUGGCCUUGUGGAACAAGGACAACAAAUGCUUGACAAUAUGGUUUUGAUAUAAUGUGUUUUAAGAAUAAUUCGUCGUUUAGAUGAUUUAUAUGGAUAUAUCAAAGUAUUGUGGCCUUGUAGAAUAAGGACAACAAAUGCUUGACAAUAUGGUACAUUCGUUUAAUUAUCUUGCCUAAACAAAAAGUAUAUUAGGUAAUAAAGCUAUGUGAAAUAAGCGAUGGAAGAGAUUUACGUAUCUUUCGGCUUAUGUGCCUAAUAUUCCAAUGUAUUACUCAAAUGCAUUGUGUGUGCGUGUGUGGUAAGAACCUUAAAUGCAUUUUACAAAGAAUGUUCUUAAUUCAUGCAAUGUGUCAACCCCAACAAAACUAUAUGAUUGAUAGAUUAAGUAUUUAACAUAUCUUUAAAAAUAUGCAACAGUAUAAUAAAUAUAUGUUUUAACUUUUGACAUUUGAAAGAGAACAAUAUAGAUAUCAUUUUUUAAAAAAAGGUCGACAAACUGGUACUAGUGUUUUUUAAAUAUAGCAAGAUUAGUAGUAACAACUACUAAGAAUAAUUCAUAAACUUAGUAUUUAAAUUUGUAUAUACUAUCAUAGAAUGUUCCUUUAGUAUAACCACGUGUGAAGCACCCCGCCUCAUAUCACAUAAUGUUCACCAACCUUUUCUGAUAUUUCGUUAGUGUAUAUAUGCAAGUGUGCAUUAAUAAGAUCAGUUCCCACAAUCCAUAAACAAUCCCCAAGAGCCGUUGACAAAACAAAAACAAAACAUCUCAAAAAGUCAAAAUAUACUCUAGACCCUCCAAUCUCCCCGUCAAUAUCUCCAUAUAAAUCUCUGUCUCUCUUUGCCAACCUAAAUCAACAACCAUUCUUAUUCAUAGCCUAUCACACAACCCAACAAAAAAACUCCUAAAAAAAAAGUAAGAAGAGAUUUCAUCACUAUUCUAUUACAUUCUCUCUUUUCAAAAUCAAACAUUUGACUUUUGUGACAAAGACUUGAAGAAAGAGAUGAGGAGCGAAGCGGGUGGUGGUACCAUGGUCGUUGACCUCCAAACCGAUCCAUAUAACAACAAUCACCAUCGCCACGAGAUCAUCACCGAUAAUGUCCACAAACCAAGGCCUAAAUUUGGCGACAUCUUGAGAGCCGACCACGACGGAAUAUUCCCUCCCGUGGACCCCAUCAUCAUCAACACAAACCUAACCAACCAACGGUUCAGCAGCGUCUCAACCUCGACCAUGAGCUGCGGUCCAGCAAGCGGAGACGGUUCACCUUGCGUAAUGUCCCCUUGGGCCCGUGUGUCACCACCUUGGGCCGCAGAUUUCAACGAAGACAAUGUACUAGAGACCAAUGGUCUUGUCGGGUCCAUUGUACGUGAAGAAGGUCAUAUAUACUCGCUAGCAGCUUCUGGUGACCUUCUCUACACGGGCUCGGACUCAAAGAACAUUCGGGUCUGGAAGAAUUUAAAAGACUACGGCGGGUUUAAAGCGAGUAGUGGGCUCAUCAAGGCUAUAGUGAUAUUCGGAGAUAACCGGGUCUUCACCGGUCAUCAAGACGGUAAGAUCCGGAUAUGGAAAGUCUCGAAGAGAAAACCGGGAAAGUACAAACGUGUCGGUACAUUGCCAACGUUUAAAUCGUUGGUUAAAAGCUCGGUAAACCUUAAGCAUUACCGCGGUAAAAACUCGGUGAAAACGAAGCAUCACGACGCCGUUUCGAGUCUUAGCAUGGACGUGGAGGUUGGUUUGUUGUAUUCGAGCUCUUGGGAUAGGACGAUCAAAGUGUGGAGAGUGUCCGAUUCAAAGUGUUUGGAGUCGAUACACGCGCACGAGGACGCGAUAAACUCGGUCAUGGUCGGUUUCGAUGACUUGGUGUUCACGGGAUCUGCGGACGGUACGGUGAAAGUGUGGAAACGUGAGAUGCAAGUCAAAACGAGGCACGUGUUGGUUCAGGUUUUGUUAAAGCAAGAAAGCGCGGUCACGGCGUUGGCGGUUAAGUUAAAGUCUUCGAUGGUUUAUUCCGGUUCGUCGGACGGGGUGGUUAACUAUUGGCAGCGUUCGAAGAAGCGCGUGUUCGUCGGUGGGAUACUAAAAGGGCACAAGUCCGCUGUGUUGUGUCUCGCUGUAGCGGGGAACUUGCUGUUGAGUGGUUCUGCGGACAAGAACAUAUGUGUGUGGAGGCGGGACACGUCUGAUGGGUCUCAUGAGUGUUUGUCUGUUUUGACGGGGCACAUGGGACCUGUUAAGUGUUUAGCCGUGGAGGAGGAACGGGCUUGCCGCGGUAAAGGAGGAAAAGUCUCUACGGUUGGUGAAGGAGACAGGAAGUGGAUUGUAUAUAGUGGAAGUUUGGAUAAGUCGGUGAAAGUGUGGCGCGUGUCGGAGAAGAUGGCGGCGUGGAGGGAGAUAGACGAGCCAGAAGCAGGGAGUUGCGCGUGGAGUUCUUUGGGAAAAUAAAAAAAGAGUGGUCGGAGGAGCUUAGUGUGAUUAUUUACGAAAAUGCGCCGUCAUCGAUCAUCAGUCACGAUGACGGUCUUCACGACGGGGAAGAGUCGGAGACUCGGAGGAAUGUUUUUCAAUUUUAUGACAAUGUCAACGAAGUGAUUUGUGCCAAGUCAGCUAAAGAGUGAGUCAACACGGGCUUAGUGGUUUUCACGUAAUGAUGAGUUUUGCUUCUUUUACUUAAAAAAAAAAGAUCUUUUCAAAGAAAUUGUAAAAUUAUUCCUUUCCGUAAAUUUGUAACAAGGACAAAGACUAAAUCAAACAUGUUUUGUCUUCUCUGUGUGUUUAGUUUAUAAUAUCGUGGUUGCAACUUUAUAAGAUGAAAGACUUUUAUAAGAUGGUGGUUGCAACUUUAUAAAAUACAAUAUUGAUGGGUCGUUCUGUCUUCGAUAGAAUUGGUCUUUCAAAAUUACAUUUACAAGAUACAUGAUUACUAAUUACAAAAGUUCAUUUCAUGGUAAAAAUUAAAUUACUAGUUUGACAAGAGACUCCAUCGUGAACAAUAUAUAUACAACACAUGUA